AUGGGCUGCUCCAGCUGGCAGCUGCUGUGGCUUGGAUGGCUUCCAGCUGCAAGCCCCCAAGAAGCCAAUGUCAAUGCCCCACCUAGUGGCUUAGCGCCAGCUUCUCCCCUAAUUACCCCAAGGCCAGCGGCCGACAACAACCCACACAAACACGGUGCAACAAGGCAGACCCAGGCGGCAGCGCGGGGUGGCAGUGCGGCCACUGGGCCUCUGAAAGGCCUGCAGUUGUGCUGGGCCCCGACGGCCGGACCUGUAACUGUGGAGCAGGGAGAUGGGACAGCAGGGAGACGCGCCUGCCCCGGAGGAAGCGGAGCGGGGGAGAAGGGGCGGCUCAACCCCGCAGGAGGGGCCCGGGCCUCGCGGAGGGCGCAGCGCCGCCCGCAGGGGAGCCGAGAGCCGCUCGGCAGCCGCGGGGAGUCAGGGCGGCGGAGGGGCCGCGGCGUCUCGGGGGGCGGCGGUCCGCGUGGGCUCCGGUACGGGCCUCGGGGUCCCCAGUCCCUCGGGCCGCGGCCGGUGCGGUCCUCGCUCGACGGCAGGCGCGAGCUCCUGGACGCGCCGCUGGCCCCGGGCCGCGCGCCCGCGAGCUGCAGCCACUGCUGGCGGCGGCGGGCGGCGGCGGGUGAGGCCUCCCAGCCACGCGGCCGGCCCGCUGUCGCCCCGAGGUGGAGCGGGCGGCUGGACGUCGCGGGCCGCGUCUCCUCGGCCGGGCGCUCCCUGCGGGACCGGCGCGCGGUGGCCCAGGCCGGCGGCUCGGGGGCGGGGGCGGGGGCGGCGGCGCCGGCGGCUGCCGGGGGAAGUGACGUUGCAGCCUUAGAACAGGCCCGAAGGGGAGGGGGGAAGCGGCGGAGCCCCUUUGCUCCGGGCCCCAGAGCAGGCCGAGUAAGCGAGCCGGGACCCUUUGUCAGGCCUGGCCACCCACUCUUUUCCAACCUGUCUUCCUGCAGAGCCCUGGGCCACGGUGACUUUGGAGAAGUCUAUGAGGGACUGGUAACUGGCCUUCCCUGGGACCCCAGCCCCUUGCUGGUGACUGUCAAGCUCAGGAGCCCUUUUCCUCCCCAAACCCUGCCAGAACUCUGCUCUCAGCAGAAUGAACUGGAUUUCCUCAUGGAGGCCCUCAUCAUCAGCAAAAAAAAAAAAAGGAACAUUGUGUGCUGUGUGGGGCUGAGCCUCAGGACUCUCCUUCGCCUAAUUCUGCUCCAGUAUGGAGGGGACGUGAAGAGUUUCUUAACAGCCAGCCGCCCUACCCCAGUCCAGCCAUCACCUCUGGCCAUCUGGGACCUGUUCCAACUGGCCCAAAAUAUAGCCCAGAGUUGCCACUACCUGGAGGAAAAUCACUUCAUCCGAAGAGACAUUGCUGCCAGGAACUGCCUGCUGAGCUGUACUGGGCCCAGCUGAGUGGCCAAGACUGGCGACUUUGGGAUGGCAAGAGAUAUCUACAGAGCCAAUUAUUACGGUGUGUGUAUACCUCUGCUGGCUAAGUGAAUACCCCCAGAGGCCUUUCUGGAGGAGGGUAUCUUCACAUCCAAGACAGACUCCUGGUCUUUUGGGGUGCUGCUCCGUGAGAUCUCAUUAGGCUACAUGCCCUACCCUGGGUGGACCAAUCAGGACAUGCUGUACUUCAUCGUUGGAGGGAAACGCAUGGGCCCUCCCAGGGGCUGUCCAGGACUUGUGUACCAUACCGUGAUGUAGUGUUGGCAGCACCAGCUUGAACUCUGCCCCAGUCAAGGCAUCUUGGAGCAUCUUCAAAAUUGCAUUCAGGACCCUGAUGUGCUGAACUCAGCCCUGCCCAUGGAUCUGGGCCCACUGGAGCAGGAAGGGACUUCUGGGCUGAGGAGCAGGUCUUCGGAGGGCCUAAGAUCCCGACAGACCCAGGAACUGAAUCUGGAGAGCUUAAAGAGCUGGGGCAGGAGCCUUCUUUGCACUGGACUCAAGACCCUCAAAUCCAAAUUCCAACCUCAGGGGAAAUUCCAAAGGAAUCUGCCCUAUGGCUCUUGAGCCCCAAGGGCCCUGAAAGCGAGGACUGAAAGCAGGCACUGACAGUAGCAAUGGUUCCUCCCGACACUCAUCCCCAGGCUUCUAGGUAGCUAGCACACUCCUCUGUACUUCGUGUCUGGGCCUGUUACAGGGCUGACCUGACACCACUGGACCCUCAGUCCUGGAAACCGGCUUAGGCUCCCUGGAGAAGAGCUUGGCCACUCCCAGCCUUUGAUCUUUGGGACCAGACGUUGAAAUUGUCUCCUGCAGAAAGCCUUCUCUGGAUUACCC